AUGGAGGGUCUUUCGGCGAUAAGCUGCUGCAGCCUGUGCUGCUCAGCAACAGCCGCAGCAGCAAACCAGCAGCAACAGCAGCAGCACCUGGGGCAGCAACAAACCAGCAGCAACAGCAGCAAAGCAGCAGCAGCAUCAGCAAACCAACAGCAGCAGCAGCAGCAGCAGCAGCAGCAGCAGCAAACCAAGAGCAGCAGCAGCAGCAGCAGCAGCAGCAGGACUGACCUCGAAGAGCAGCCACAAAUAAAAGGUGGAUUGGCUGCUGGCGUUUUUGAAGAAGAAAACAACAAAAGAAACAUCCAAAGACAGCAGCAGCAGCAGCAGCAGGAAAAGCCGAAUCACCAAAGAAGCCCGAGGCACUCCCGCCUCAAACACCUGCAGCAGCAGCAGCAGCAGCAGCAGCAGCAGCAGCAGCGGGGGAUGAACAAGCUGCCGUCGCUGCAGCAGCAAACCCGCAGCAAUCCUCCUCCCCCCCGUGCAGCUCGCGUGCUGCUGCUGCUGCUGCUGCUGCUGCUGCAGCAGCAGCAGCAGCAGCAGCAGCAGCGGGGGCGUUUCUGCGUCUGCGGGCUCGUUUUUUUCGGCGUUUUCUGGGCUGCAGCAGCAGCAGCAGCUGCUGCUGCUGCUGCUGCUGCUGCUGCUGCUGCAGCUCACGGAAUUUCCCUUGAUUUGGAGAACAAUGUGCAUCACUUUUGCUGUUAUCAAAAACAGCAAAUGCUUCGACAGCAGCAGCGGCGAUAA